AUGUUAGGUGCGAUUAGGUCGUUCUUCCAAUGGCAACUACCAAUAUGUCGAUGCUUGAAAGCCGUUUUCCGUGCACCAUUUUCCUGUACUUUUCCGAAUUACUUUUGGGCAUUACGGUUCCGAGCUGCUGCAAAUGGUUGUCCAUGUGAGUCUUGUUUCGCUACUUUGGCUUCACUGCGUCGGCCUGCCCUCGCGCAGCACUGUUUUUUCGUGGUUCCUCACCUUCCCUUUUUUAUACUGCAUGAAGUAAUUCGAGAAGUCUUAUUAGAAGGCAGUCAGCGUCGCCCUGACUUGUAG